UUACGCACGGAGGUCACAAAGCGCGAACUGGACCUUUAAAGACGAUUUAUUUUACAGAAGAGUUUGAAGCAGCUGUUUCUCUGAAGGAACAAACUACUGUCCUGUUUGUUGGUUUUAUGAUGACCGAGCUGUGGAGUUGUUGGACUCUCGUCGAAAAGAGGAUUUGAUGAUUCUUCAGAGCGAGUCCAGAUGUUAUUUUUUCGCAGCGCAGCCCAGGAACCUCAGACGCUCUGUGAGAUGUUCUGAUGACUUCUGACCCCCGAAUCAUGGACCUCCGUCUGCAAGCCAACCCUCAGCGCCACUACGGGGUCAACGGGGAUGCCGUUCAAAACUCCAGGACACGCGAAGACGAUACCCUGAAGUUUCUGAGCCAGGAGGAGCAGGAGUGCAUCCAAUUCUUCGAGAACACCAUCGACUCUUUGGAGGAAGGUCUGGAGGAGAACGACCGGAGGAAGCCCCCCGGCUUCAAACCGGCGAACAGUAGCUGCCCGACCUCGAGUCCUGUUGUGUCCUCACUUUUGUCCAGGCACCCCGGUCCCAAAGACCAGGACAUUAUAUACCUGGUCCGCCCAGAACCAGACCUGCUGCAGAACAAAGAGCCAAUCUACAAUCCCACCAGUCCAGACUUUACGAACAUGAUGCAGACCCCUGGAAGCCACUUCGAGAUAAAACCUAAGCGUGAUGCGCCGGACAGCUUACCUUCAGAGUACAACCCUCCCUUACCAAGAGGCAGCUAUGGGGCUACAGACAGCCACUUCUCAUACCACCCCCCAGGCUGCAUCCCCACCCCGGUCCUGAUUGCCCAGCAGAUAGCAGAUAACCAGGCAGGGGGUUCCUCUAACUUGCAUCCCUCAUCCUUCCUCCGUCAUCCGAGCCUUGAGUCUGACAAGCAAUCGAGUCUGAGUAGCGAUCUUCCUAAACAUGGUCCACCAACUUCUGCUAAGCCGAGCCGCUUUCCUGCCAACAUCAGUGUGAUCCACAGCCAUAAGGAACCCCAAAACCAGUCGCUGUCCAAUGUCCACCUCAACGAGCGAAAGGCGCAGAUGCUUGCAAACCUUUCAGGUACAUCUCACCCUCUGGUGCAGGAGGAUUCUAACCUGACCAUGGAGCCUCGAAAUGCUCCCACUCGCAGCAUUUCCUUCAAGGACCCUUCACCAGACAAAUCCAGGAUGGAGGCCCUGUCUAAGCUGGGCCUAAACAGGACUCGAGCCAUGUCUGGGGGUACUUCCCCAAUCGCAGUCCCUAACGCUUCUCUGGGUCCUCUCACAAGUGCAGACACCAGGUCCAUGGAGGUCAGCUCUCCCCUACCACCAAAAGAAACCAGCGUCAAAUUGCCCGGAGUUACAACACCAAGUCAGAGCCAGAUCGACAAGAAACCAGAGGUUGUGCGGUCAGAAUCCCUCAGGAGGUUUGACGAAAGGAACCGCCAAUCGAGCCCUUCGCCUCCAGCCAUCACACGCAGCAGCUACCAUCCACCUCCUGUAGAAACCAGGACCUCUUUUUCCUCUCCGCCUGAGGUCACCUCGCUUGAACCGAACAGCUAUGGGGGGAAAUCUAUCGUGGUGAACCCUUCUCAUUCCUUCAGGAGGGAGUCUUUGCCUUCAACAACAAGCCCUGAUCCCAAAGUGCUCCCCCCUGCGCUAGCCAACCCUAUCGAGUUCAACACCUACGGAGGAAAGACCAAAGUCAUGAACCCUGCUCCGGCAGCAAGGAGUGACCUCCCCGACAUCCUCAGCUCCCACAUCGACAAGAGUCAAAUCUUACCCGCCGCCAAACCAGAACCGCUACCCACUGCGAUGAACAGCUACGGAGGAAAGAGCCGAACAUUCAACCCUUCCUCCGAGUUGAACCGUCCUUCGGUGAGCCCUUCAAAGAGUUUCAAAGGUCCAGCUCCCACCCCGGCCCCGAGACCUCCACGCCACUCCUACCAUGGUGGCAAUACACCAUCACCAGCGCCACGAGCCUUGUCUCCUGAACACAGGCGUAGAUCCAGCUCCCAGUUUCGUCCACAAGGCAUCACGGUGCAGUUUUCUGGACGGGGAGCGACGGACGAAUCGCGCAGGGAAGCCUUGAGGAAACUGGGGUUGCUGAAGGAGUCUUCUUGAACUUCUUGAAACGACUGAACCUGUCAAGCCUGAAUUUCCACUGGCAUCCCUCGAGGAAUGCUGGAAGUAUCCCUCAUGUUUGUCUGGGUGUGAGGCGUGGUAGGUGAGAGACCUUUUUCUCGAGAUCGUACGAUAGACCUGCACAGCCAGUUCUCACUUGCUGGCCAUAAAAAAAACCUGACAAUCAAGUGUGUCACCGUCGACACGGACAAACUACUUCAUAUUGCAUCUGAUCCAAGACAAUGUAUACCUCUGCACAAGAUAUUUGGGAGCAAACUGUUGCAUCCUCUUCCUGCAGGAAUCAAAGACUGAUGGAGGAUGAUUGUGAAUAGCAGGAUUUUUUAACUGGGUCCUGCGAAGAAAGACUGUAUUUGUUGGGACUAUUUUCUGUGGUGGACUCAUCCACUCUUGGUACUUUGGGGAAUGUUGGAGUUUGUAUUUGGGGUUGAGUCCAAUUAAACUACAAUAGGACCACAUUUCCCUUAGAUUUGUUAUGUAAAUGAAUCCCACUUUAUAAAGGUUAAGAACACUCUUAGUGGGAUUUUCCUAUUUAGUUUUAAUGCCCAAAGUAAAGCUGGGUAAUUAACUGAGCAGUGGCCAAAGUACCUGCAACACAAACCCCCCAAAAAAUCCACAAAUAUGUUAGUGGUUGUUAAUUUGUGGUCAUUUUGAAGCCUUAUCCUGUUGCAGGGACUCAGAAUCUAGUUUUUAUACCAUCAUUAUUUAACUUUUAGUUUUCCACAUACUAUAUUCCACAUUGCACAAUCUGGGCAUGCUCGUCGUCCAGAAUACUAUUGUUUGGAGGUAAUGGAAGGCAGGAAAUGUGUGUCUUUUUUAGCUGCAGGAAGACAUUUCUCACCAUAAGUUAAAGUUAAUGAGCAGCUAUUUGUGCACAAGGGUAUUUUAGGUAUUUAAGGAAGACGAUAAGAGGUUACAUUAGAGAGUACUUCUGUUGCAAAUUGGUCUUUAAAUCUAAAAAAAAGACCAACAAAUAUUCUGUAUCUAGCUUAAGUUAUAUAUGUUGUAGUCCUCUAACAUGGGAACUGGGUUAGGGUGUUUUUCCUUCAGCACUUUGGGGCAAACACAAAGGUGAAGGCACUUUUCUUUAAUGCAAUUUUAUGACUUCUGAAAUGAACAAAACUGUGUUGUAAAGAGCAAGAGGUUUUAUCCAAUUCCAGACGCAAAAAUGUCACUUUUAUUUUCAAGAGGAAGGAGUAAAGCUACUCUGCAGGAUAUUUUUACUCCACCUCCCACACCAAACCACAGACUGUGGAAUGGGUUUUGCGGGCAAGACUUUCUCUUUCUUACUUUGCAGAGAGGGGAAUCUGCUCUUUAGGGAGGGGCGGCAUUGUAAGAAAACAGAAGCACUAGAAACCGCAGAUUCUAGAAAUACAUCCUGGAUUACUUUGUGUUUCUAUUCCCCUUCAGCUGUUGUUGAUAUGUUUUUGCAAGUGUGUUAUUUAACUCUGUGUUUGUGUGUGUGUGUGUGUGUGUGUGUGUGUGUGUGUGUGUGUGUGUGUGUGUGUGUGUGUGUGUGUGUGUGUGUGUGUGUGUGUGUGUGUGUGUGUGUGUGUGUGUGUGUGUGUGUGUAUGCAUGUGUAUGCAUUUGUGUGUGAAUAUGUAUGCAUGUGUAAUCAAGACUCCGGCCUCUGUAGCUCACCUACAGUAAUAUUUGAAGUAUAUUUUUGUUUCACGUGAAUAAUCUUCUGUGAAUUUGUUUGUUUACGGACUCCGGUUCUCUGUAGUUCAGCUACAGUAUAUUUGAAGUAUAACGGUGCAGAAAUACGGUAUACAACUGUAUAAAACAGCCUACUUUGUAUGGAAUUUCUUACACUUUAACUGCAUGCAUGUGGUAAAUGGGAAGACCAGCUGCAGCCUGGUAUACUUUCUGAAUGUUCUUAUUAUAAACUGUAUAAACUCUGCUUAAUAUAUCUAAUGUUGGAUUCCUGUCACUCAUUAAACAGAUAAAUAGUAA